AUGGCUCAAGUUGACACGUGUAGAGGUAACGAACCAGCGCAGGGCCUUAAUGAAGGGGUGGUUGGUGAGGCGAAGAAAGAGUCGAGGGGGGAACGGGAAACUUGGAGUAACAAGUUGGACUUCUUACUCGCUCUGAUUGGAUUCUCGGUUGGUCUUGGAAAUGUAUGGAGGUUUCCUUAUCUAUGUUUUAAGAAUGGCGGAGGUGCCUUCCUCAUUCCAUACUUUAUAUGUCUGGUCGUUGGGGGCGUACCUCUACUACUCCUGGAGUUGGGGUUGGGUCAGUUUAUGGCCCAGGGUGGCAUCGGCGUCUGGAAGAUAUCUCCACUUUUCAGGGGCAUCGGCAUCACAAGUUUGAUGUUAGUGAUUAUGGUUAACAUCUACUACAACGUCAUCAUAGCCUGGGCUCUCUACUACUUGGUGAUGUCUUUCACUGCCGUGCUACCCUGGUCUCACUGUAACAACCCUUUCAAUACGGAGCUUUGUCGAGACCCUACUGGGUACGGUGUGGUAGGAACAGACUUGUGGAGAUGUGAUCAAAUCAAGCAGAAUGUUUCCAACUCGUCUGGAAGUUUUCUUCUGACAAAUUUGACCCAUGGUGAGACAGAAACGCAGUUUGAUUGUUCGGUUUUAAAGGAUGUCAACAGGACGAGCUCUGCUGUUGAAUUUUGGGAACGUAAGAUUUUACAGAUACAUUUGUCAGACGGAUUGCAUGAUAUGGGUUCGUUCAACUGGCAGUUGUCAUUGUGUCUGAUCCUAGCCUGGGUUGUCGUCUAUAUGUGUGUGUUUAAAGGAGUCAAAAGCUCUGGAAAGGUUGUUUAUUUUACUGCGACGUUUCCUUACGUGUUGAUCACCAUUCUGCUAGUAAGAGCUGUCACUCUUGAGAACGCUUCGGAGGGAUUGGUGUACUAUCUUAAACCCAACAUGACCAGGCUCCAAGACGGUCAGACAUGGCUUGAUGCAGCAUCACAGAUUAUGUUCAGUUACUCCCUCGGGAUUGGCAACAUGGCUGCCUUAGGAAGCUACAACACCCUCAACCACAACUUCUUCAGGGAUGGUAUAAUGUUUGCAGUGGUGAAUAGUGGUACUAGUCUUUACUCUGGCGUAGUGAUAUUCGCUGUGCUGGGCUUUAUGGCUGGAAAACAAAGUAUUCCUGUGGCGGAUGUAGUCAAAUCAGGCCCAGGCCUUGCCUUUGUGGCAUACCCGGAAGCCGUUGCACAGAUGCCCCUAUCGCCACUAUGGGCCAUUCUAUUCUUCAUUAUGCUGUUACUUCUGGGAAUCGACAGUCAGUUUGUGGGCAUCGAGGGCAUGGUAACAGCGCUUGUAGACUUCUUGCCUCGCUUUCGAAAAGGAAAUCGUCGUUCAUUGUUUGUCUUAGCAUUAUGUAUACUCUCAUGCUUAGCUGGUCUGCCUAUGACGCGCAGUGGAGGAAUGUAUGUCUUUCAAAUGUUCGACACAUACGCUAUAAGUUGGUUUGCGGUCCUGUGGGUCACCUUUUUCGAGGCUGUAGUUAUUGGAUGGGUGUACGGCGCUGACCGUUUCUAUCAAAACUUUGAGGAAAUGUUGAAGUGGCGUCCAAGACCUUACCUGAAAAUCUGCUGGAAAUUUCUGACACCUGUAUUCACUAUGGGCGUGUUUAUUUUUAGUCUGGUAACUUAUAAACCAUUGAAGUACAACGAUUACGAAUACCCUGUGUGGGGUCAGGUACUAGGCUGGUGUGUGGCCGCUUCAUCAAUGAUACAGAUUCCAAUCUUUGUUGUGUAUCAGAUGGCAACAGCGAAAGGGACGUUACGAGAACGUUGGGUAUUACUAACGACACCACGACGGGCUUAUGAGGAAGUGCCGACUGCAGCCCUGACGCAACCUAUGAAAAACUUCACUGCAAACCCACCACCGUAUAGUGACGACAUGGCACAGGCACCAGACCUAUAAGUCUUCUAUCGAGCAACAGUAUCAUCGGGGAUUCAAUUUUAGGCAUACUUGAAAUUUAAAGGCAUUGGACACUUUGGUAAUUCACUCAAUUGCCAAAAUCUUACUUGGUAACGAGCAAUGGCCGAGAGCUGUUUACAUUGUGUGGAACGCGGCCGUCACAUGGCAAAACAAUGCAACUCGAAAAAAUGAGCAUUAGAAAAAGUGCUUCAAAGAUUCAUCGUCUGCCAUUUUUUAAUGUAUUUCUCUAUUCAACUAAAACUGUUACAGAAUAUUUGUGAGUUGUUGACAUAUCAGCCAGAAAAAGAUCGUUUGAAAAGAACAAAUGGUUUUGUUGUUAUUAAUAUUUAAGCGAAGUUACAUUGUUUUACCAAACAAAUUGUCUAAUUUGGACGCUGCAUGUGCUAAUAGUUAUGUUUUGUGUUUAUUGUAAAAACAAAAUCCAGUAAUUUUUACCGUAAUUAAAUUCAGCAGACUUUCUACCAAACACUUAUCAUGAAAUAAACGGCAGUCUAACAAGAGGCGUUAUUUUUUAUUAAUCGUGCACUAGGCCUACUUUGUUGACAUAAAACCAAGCAAGAUAAGUAGGAUUUGAAACUUUGCGUGGUGGGAGUUUAAUCUUGAAAAUGCGAGGUUUGCGCAUGCGGGUUGAGGUAACACCAACUUGUUUUCCUUAGUGCUAUCGGACACCCUGAGCCAAAUUUCAUAAAGCUGCUAUUUUAUAAGCAGAGAAUAACGCUGGACGAAUGUGCCCAGAUUUCAAUGUUUUCUAGACAUUGCAGCUGAAUUUGUUUUCUAUAUAACAAAAAAAGGAAAGUAUCGUUUUUCUUUCAUUGAAUUGACAUUAGCGUUGUAUUCAAGAUGCUACGUCAGAUUUUUUUGCCCCAAACAUUAAAGAAUAGAUUUUUUUUGAGUGAAUGGUAUUUCAAAGAGAUCACCCGCUCAAACGAA